UCUGAGGGCGGGGACGAUCGCCUUUUAAGAUUGCUGCUCUAAAACAUUUCAUCCCUAAAGCUGCGGUUCCUUAGUGAUUGUGUUAUAUGCGGAUCUAUUAUAGCAAUCCAUUCAUUUUAGCCUUCUCAUUGAUGUUUCAGGGGUUUUAGUACAACGUUUACAAAACCAGUGCGUCGCGAAGAUAAAGCAGGGCUCUAAAGAAACAGCCACUUUUACCCUUAUUUCCGUCGUUUUUUUCUUUCAUUUUUUAUGCCUGAUCUAUUCGGUUUUUGGGUGGGUGUCGUUACACUAAAAUGAUCGAGAGACCAGAUUCUGCAGUUUCCACCAUAGCACAGAGGAACCUGGAGGGCUAUGUCGGUUUCGCCAACUUGCCCAACCAGGUGUACAGGAAGUCUGUGAAGAGGGGGUUCGAGUUCACGCUGAUGGUGGUUGGUGAGUCCGGUUUGGGCAAAUCCACCCUCAUCAACUCCCUCUUCCUGACUGACCUGUACUCCAAGGACUACCCCGGCCCCUCCCAGCGCAUCAAGAAGACUGUGCAGGUGGAACAGUCCAAAGUGCUGGUGAAGGAGGGCGGGGUCCAGCUCACUCUCACCAUCGUGGACACGCCAGGGUUUGGGGAUGCAGUGGACAACAGCAAUUGCUGGCAGCCUGUCAUUAACUAUAUUGACAGUAAGUGUGAGGACUUCCUGAAUGCAGAGUCCAGGGUGAACCGCAGAUUGAUGCCAGACAACAGGGUGCACUGUUGCCUGUACUUCAUCGCCCCCUCUGGUCAUGGGCUAAAGCCUCUAGACAUCGAGUUCAUGAAGCGACUCCACGACAAGGUCAACGUAAUCCCCCUCAUCGCCAAGGCCGACACCCUCACACCCGAGGAGUGCCAGCUGUUCAAAAAGCAGAUUAUGAAGGAGAUCCAAGAACACAAGAUCAAGAUCUACGAGUUUCCCGACACGGAGGACGACGAGGACAGCAAGUUGAUCCGGAAAAUCAAGGAGAGAAUGCCCCUCGCUGUGGUUGGAAGCAAUGUGGUGAUCGAGGUGAACGGCCGGAAGGUCAGAGGUCGUCAGUACCCAUGGGGUGUGGCAGAAGAGGGCAUUUUUGUGGAGAACGGGGAGCACUGCGACUUCACUGUCCUGAGGAACAUGCUGAUCAGGACUCACAUGCAGGACCUGAAGGACGUGACCAAUAACGUCCACUAUGAGAACUACCGCAGCAAGAAGCUGGCAGCCGUCACCUGCAAUGGGGUGGACUCCACCAAAGCCAAGGGCCAGCUGACUAAGAGCCCCCUGGCACAGAUGGAGGAGGAGAGGCGAGAGCAUGUGAUGAAGAUGAAGAAGAUGGAGACUGAGAUGGAGCAGGUGUUCGAGAUGAAGGUCAAAGAGAAGAAACAAAAAUUGAAGGACUCGGAGGCUGAGCUGGAGCGUCGUCACGAGCAGAUGAAGAAGAACCUGGAGGCCCAGUACAAGGAGCUGGAGGAGAAGAGACGCCAGUUUGAGGAGGAGAAGAACAACUGGGAGGCACAGCAGCGCGUGGAGCAGCAGAGACUGGACGCCUCAAAGACCAUGGAAAAGAAUAAGAAGAAGGGGAAAAUCUUUUGAAAGAUUUAAGACACACUACCUUUGCAUCCAUUUCCCACUCCGUCUUAUUUCACCGGCCACCAGACAUGAUCCCCACCCUGUACCUCAGACACACACAGACACACACACACACACACGCACUCCUGGGACAGGCAAAGCACACUCCCUGCAAUUCAGUGUGAGCAUAGUAUAGCAUUCUGACCAGCUAAAUGUCAUUCAAAUAUGUUUCAUAUGGAUGUUUAGUGUAAGAAGCGCAAAUAACAUUAACUGCCAGAUUCAUGAAUUUUAAAAUGAGUUUUCCAUUGAUUGCCAAUACUUUCAUGAUUAUGCUGUAUGUUGGACCAACACUGUAUGUGUUUCCAUGGAGACCACACAGGACUUGCUGUGUCAGUGAUGUUCCGAAGGUCGUUUUCCAUCUGUCUGUGUCUGUCUGUGUGUGUGCACUUGAUGCAUUCCUCCUGAACCAUGAAACACAACCUUACUAAUGAGCAACAUUAAUCCAAAAUUAACCAGAAUGUUGCAGCCUGUAACUGGUGAUUCAUGAAAAUAUUUUUAUAGAAAACAUUUGAAUAGAUGUCAAACGAAAUGCAUGCCUGUCCAGAACAGUAUUAAUGUUAUGAUGAAGAUGAUGAUGACGACGAUGAUGAUGCCCCCCUUUCCUGACCAUUCCCCACAUUCCCCAGUCAAGCUACCCUUUUUUAUUGGUAGACAAGUAUUGUCUUUUUUAAUGGGUUUUUUUGUAUGUAUACCAUUUUCAACUCUUACUCUUUCAGUCUCACCCCACCACAUAACUGUACAUUAAUAUGAAAAAUGGAAACGAAGAGGUCUCUUGUGUCCUUUUUGGCAGUUGUGGGGUCAUUAAGGGUCAGGUUACAGAAUGACAAAAAGAGAAAGAUCUCUCUCUCAAACGCACGUCUGUAUGAAUUUGCAGACGUACUUGCCCCUGCCUCCAGAUGGUCUUUCCGUGAAGUCUGAGCCCUCAGGCUUUGUCACAGUGCCCGCACCUGUCCCCCUCUCUGUUACAGGGUCUCUGUGAAGGACACCGAGGCAGAUUGGGGUGUUCCUUUUGUCAGAUCCUAAUUUACAUUCCACUACCUUUUAACCAUACAGCAGAUGCUCCUGUCCAGACUGAACUGAGUAACUUGCAUUCAAGCCACGCUGUUCCACACAGCCUGUUAGCCUGUUAGCCACAACACACAGCUCCACUCUGUAGCAUCGCAGACAGACUGCAAAGCCUUCUAAAACAGUUGCUGUAAAUGUUCUGUGUUAUGCGGCUGAGACAGCAUAUUAAAUGCAGGCAAGUUUGCAUCGUGAUGGCCUGGCUGUGUCUCUCCGGCGCCCUCUGCUGUCAGUAUUGCUGAACAGGGGGCUUGAGUUAAUCCAGAGGGGGGGAUGAAAUGUGUUAAGGAAGGGGCUAGUGCAAAACUGCAAUUUUAUGGUUUGUGAUGUAAAUAGGCUGGCCACGCGCAUGAUUUCAACAUUCCAGACCACGUCAUCUGCGCCUAAAACCACAUCCUCCUCUUGUCUGUAAUGUACGACAAGUCUUUCCCUGCCAGAGCUUUCAGUAUGAAAAACAAGGUUUGCCCUUUCUGCAUUGAAAGGAUUUGAGGAUCUUUUUUUUUUUUUGGCCUUGGAUUUAAUUGAAUUUUUUUAUGACAGCAAUGUCAUGUUAAGGUCACAAAAGUCAUGUGAGUACUGCUACUUAUGUUAUAAAAUAAUACAUUUUUAACUAAAAGAUUUACUCUCUACACUUCAGCUAGUCUGAUUGACAGGGACUUGGAUGCAGUUUAUGUUACCGGUCAGUGUUACCAGUGAGAUUACCAGCAACUCGGAAUAAACAACAAUAAAUGGAAAGAC